CACAUGUCCUGAGCCUGCCUAUUGUUUCUGUCCCCUUCCUCAGCUGUGUGCGGCACUGCAUCUGAGCACAAUCUGAGCAGACAUGUCCAAUCACACAAGAGUGACUCACUUCAUCCUCAGGGGCUUCUCAGAUAUCCCACAGCUGAGAUUGAUGGCCAUACCAGUUUUCUUGCUCAUUUACACAUUUGGCCUCCUGGGGAACCUGUCCAUCAUCACGGCUGUGACAAGAGACAGUCGACUCCACUCUCCCAUGUACUUCUUCCUGAAGAAUCUGUCUUUCCUGGACAUUUGCUACACCUCAGCCACCAUCCCCAAGGCAGUGGUGAUAUCCCUCACAGGCUCAGGGGUCAUCUCCUAUCAAGAGUGUGUAGCACAGCUCUACAUAUUUCUCACAUUCUCUUCUUCUGAAUGCUUUCUGCUCACAGCCAUGGCUUAUGACCGGUGCCUGGCCAUCCUCAGACCACUGAUCUAUGGAACCAUCAUGAGCCACAAAUAUUGUUCUGCAUUGGUGGUCACUGCCUGGGUAGGUGGGGCCAUCUACUCAGCCUUUCAUACAUUCAACACCUUCUCCCUUCCCUACUGUGGACCCAAUGUUAUUGAUCACUUCUUCUGUGACAUCCCUCCAGUCAUGAGACUGUCCUGCACUGACUACCAUCUCAGUGAGGAGGUGGGCUUUGCUGUCAGUAGUUGCAUUGUCAUGAGCUCCUUUGCCCUCACAGUGGUCUCCUAUAUUGGCAUUGUGGCCACAGUUCUUUGCAUCCCCUCAGUAGAAGGCAGGUGGAAAGCCUUUUCUACCUGCUCCUCUCACCUGACCACAGUCAUCUUGUUUUAUGGAACUGGGAGCUUUGUGUAUCUGAGGCCCGCCUCUCAGUACUCCCCGACCCUGGGUCCCCUGGCAUCUAUUUUCUACUCUGUAGUCACACCAUCUCUGAAUCCAGUUGUCUAUUGUCUGAGGAACAAAGAUAUGAAGUUUGCUCUACAGAAACUUUAUUGUGGGAGAAAGUACUGAGACCUUGAAGACUACAGUGUGUGACACUGAUGGUUGUUUUUGGAGCCAACUGUUUGACCCACACA